AUGGCAAAGGAUAAGAAGAAGGAGGGAAAGAAAGUAGAAAAGUCUGUGCGUUCUCCAGUUCCUGCACAAGAUGUUACAGCUGAGAGCAGUUCAACAAAGCUGACAGAUCUGCAAACCCCAGUCAGUGAAGUGGAAGAAACACUGGCAAAUUCAGUGGAUGAAGAACCAGAAGAGGUACAGGAACCUCCAGACCAAGAUGUUCCUCAGUACGAGGAGCCUACUCUUUCUCUUGUUAUUGUAAAAAGCUAUGAAGGUGAAAAAGUCUAUGGAUUAUAUGAGGGUGAAGGAUUUGCAUAUUUUGAAGGGGGAAAUACAUACAAGGGCAUGUUUUCUGAAGGGCUUAUGCAUGGGCAAGGGACUUACACAUGGGCUGAUGGAGUGACAUAUGAGGGAACAUUUGUUAAGAAUGUGCAGAUGCUUACUGGCCGUUAUACAUGGAAUGAUGGCAGUGUUUAUGAAGGAUCCAUCAAGAAUGGAGUUAGACAUGGAUUUGGACUUUUCAGAAGUGGUACUCAUCCUGUUUCUUACAUUGGCUAUUGGUGUAACGGCAAAAGACAUGGCAAGGGUACCAUUUAUUAUAAUCAGGAACAUACCUCUUGGUAUUCAGGUGACUGGGUAAAUAACGUCAAAGAAGGAUGGGGAAUGAGAUGCUACAGAUCUGGAAAUAUCUACGAAGGUCAGUGGGAGAAAAAUGUUCGUCAUGGAAAAGGAAAAAUGAGAUGGUUGACAGCUAAUCAAGAGUACAUGGGACAGUGGGUAUAUGGCAUACAGCAUGGUUAUGGCACCCACAUAUGGUUUGUGAAGAGGAUGCCUGUGUCUCAGUAUCCUUUAAGGAAUGAAUAUAUGGGUGAUUUUGUAAAUGGUGAACGACACGGACACGGAAAGUUCAUAUAUGCCAGUGGAGCAGUGUAUGAUGGUGAAUGGGUUGGCAAUAAAAAGCAUGGCAAGGGCAAGUUUGUCUUCCAGAAUGGUCAUGUUUAUGAGGGAGAGUUCAGAGAUGAUCAUAUAGCAGAGUAUCCUUCUCAUCUGGAUGCAAUGAAUGCAAAAAAGCUGAAUGCCAUCCACACAGGACCUCAUUUUGCCAGUGAAAAUACUGCAGUCAUUAAUGGCUCAGAAAAUACUUCUGUUCUGGGAUUAAUUGUUGAGUUGGAUAUAACCUCACUGCUUGAUUGGUUGCCAAGGGAAGACAGACAUGAAGAACUGAAACAAGUAGAAUUUGCUGUGUUGAGGCAUAUCACAGAACUAAGAAGAGUUUACACCUUCUACAGCAGCUUAGGCUGUGAUCAAUCUCUUGACAACGUGUUCCUCAUGACUAAGCUCCAGUUUUGGAGAUUUUUGAAGGAUUGUCAUUUUCAUCACUCCAGCUUAACUCUUGCUGAAAUGGAUCGGAUAUUGAGCGGUGGUAAAACACCAGCUGAGAAGAUACAUUGUCCACAUGAGACUUUACUGUUCAGAACAUUUUUAUCUUACCUUGUUCAUCUAGCAUUUCAUAUCUAUCAUGAAGAGCACAAAGAAAAAGGCCCUUAUCUGAAUAAGUGCUUCUUAGAUAUGAUGUCCAGGAAUGUUAUUCCCUCUGCCUGUCAUACCCAAAGCAUCUUAUUUUCUGAAGAGCUACGUGCAGUUUUUGCCAUGAGCUACCUUGACAAGUGCUGGGAAAUGUACAGAGAUUUUUGUAGACCAAGUACCAGACCUCCAUUUGAACCCACCAUGAAAAUGAGGCACUUCCUUUGGAUGUUGAAGGAUUUUAAACUUCUCAGCAAACAAUUAACUGCCUCAAGAGUUGUGGAAAUACUUGUCAAAGAUGGUCCCUCUGUACAUGAUAGCAGUAGCACCAACCUGGAGCCAGAGUUGGUUUUUCUUGAGUUUGUUGAAGCUCUUCUUGGUUGUGCAUUGGUGUAUGUUACCAGUGAUACGCUUCAGGAGCAAGCAGCUCAUGAUAAUCAGAAAAGAAGCUUUAGAACCAAGAGUGUCUCCGAGGGAACAACCAAUGUGUCUCUAUACUCAGAGUAUUUUCUGUCCCAGCCACUGAGAUCUUGGGAAGACAGAGAGCAUUCUCUUGAAGAAUUUCUACUGGAUGAACAAAAAGAAGCCAGACCUGAGCAAGAUGAGCAGCUUGGUCUGCAGAUGUGUCAGGUGCAGAUCUUUUUUACAACUAAGUUAUUUCCUGCCUACCAGCAUGAAAAAGCGCUGAGGGAAAAAAUAAAAGAGAAUCGAAUACGGGAUGCUGAAUUUGCUGAGCUGAGAAAGAUCAAGGAUGAGGAGCUGGCAAAACUUAUUGCUGAAAGAGAAGCAGAAGAGGCAAAAAGGCAAGAAGCUGCAGCAAAAAGUGCAGGUUUUCAGGAGGCAGAGAAGCCUGCCACACCCCCUCCAAAGGAAGAGGCACCCACUGUUGCAGCCCCCGUUGCUACCAAGGUGCCUGCUGGCAAAAAGAAAAAGAAGAAAUAA